UGUGUCUGGCGUGUCGACGCUUAUUCUGGCACUACAGGCUACGAGGCGGCCUUUUAGCGAUACCAGCGGCUUCAGAACUACGCGAGCCUGAAAAAGAAAAGGGCGAUUUUUCAGAAAUGACUGCGUUCGGGAGAUAUGCCGUGAAAACAUGUGAAAAAGCCGACCUGCUCCGCUCGCUCUGUGUACCUUGGAGGUACAGGAAGUCACAACGAAGGGCGUGUAUCGACUCCCGCAUGCUAUCUACUAGUGUAGGACUCUCCGCGAGCUACUAGCGUACGAAGUACUCUCAUCAAUUAUUAGCGGUGACGCGCAUGCGCAGUUCUCCGAGGGUUUCACUUCAGUGCUUUUCAUUUUUACGAUGUCGAUUCUUGUCCUUCUCGUAUGUCUUUCUUUUGCCGUCGGCCAAGAAAUAAGUGUGACUGGUAAUGUGGUAGUGUUUGAAGGUCAAGAUGCUUUGUUUUCCUGUACAACACGCUCUGUUCCUGGCCACUGGAGACUGAAUGACACCAACAUUGCUGAUCUUCCAAGUUUAAUACGUGCUGAUUUGGUCGAUGAGACCGUUCAAUCUGGCAUUUUUUAUUUUAUUGCCCUAAGUAUUGCUGGUAAAGCUGUGUACAAUGGAACUACAGUGCAGUGUGCAGUUGAAGAUGGUGAUGUUUUGAGAAAGAGUGGUGUUGCUACAUUUAUCAUACAAGGUCCACCCUCAUCGACUGUUGUGUCUUUGACAUCAUCUACAAACUCUUCGAUCACCAUCUCGUGGAGUGCUCCA